AUGAAUAGUCAAAAGACCUAUUACUCUACGAAAAAGUAUCGUACAUGUUUAAAUGAUGAUUCUCCGCCGACGGCUCUUAAAUUCAUGUCUAACAGUGAGCGUGGUAAAUACUAUCGACGUAGACGCAAGCAGUACGGUGCACACCUUGAGGAGCGCGUCAACACCCUUCGUAAUGAGAUUGCGGCCUUAGAGGUUUCUCGUCAGGUCCAGCUAGAGCUGACCUUAUCACAGCGACAAACGCCACUUGGUGCGGCUGCUAGUAUUGUAAAAGAGUAUUGUCUGCUCUUCAAUCAUGGAGCACCUGUUCAAAUGGCCGUGGACGAGCACGAUGUGUCUGCAUCACUAGUGGCGCAUGCGAGCACUGCCCAACGAGGUUUCUUGCAGGCUGUGAUGAAUACAGACGUGCAGUUUGGCGAUUUUUGUGGUAUCGAACCCUUGUUGGGCCAGUGGGAACGCUACUCGCUUUACCAUGCGGCUAUCGAAUGGACAAUGAAGUCGCUGGAAGUGAUUGAGCUGGCCGAGCCUGAAGAACUGGUUUUGAACAAAUACUGCGAAGAAAGCCGGCUGAUGAUUUCUAUCAACGCGGACUUACGUGUAAAGUUUUCUCGACGUACGAUCGAAGAGGUGUUCCCGCAUUUAGCUGGAGACGAAGUAUUGACGCAGAUGCUCAUUGGACUGGAGGUGACAUAUCCGUGCAUGAACCACUUUUGUUUUGAUCCAAAUGGUAAGAUUGAGUGGUAUACUCCCGAGGUGGAUUUUGUUGGUGCAUUGACAAGAGCAUUGAAGCAUCCGGAGCUGGUGGCGCGCGUCAUGGGCAGUGCACUGAUCAGAAAGGACCACUUGAUUGGGGACGAGUGUGAUGGAAGGGAGCUGGGCAGUGUGAAAGAAGUGAAAUUUGAAAGGUGCAAGCGCUUUAGUGCCGUGUCAAGAGAAGUUUGGUCAGAUGUGGACGGAACUAGUGCUACAUGGGCUAGGAAACUCGAAUCGACUUCAGGAUCGCCAUUUGGAAGGUGCGAUCGACUCAACUUGGCUUACAUCCUAGCUGAGUAA